GAAACUGCAAGAAAAAUGGGCGACAGGAAAAGAGGAGCGACUGCUAAGAAGGCGAAGACGGAGACGGAGAGGGUGUGGCCGGUCAUAAAGCAGAAGCCAAAUCUUCUAUCCACACGCCUUAAAGACGACGAUUUGAUUACUAUCCAGAACUAUUUUACACCAGCUGAAUCGAAAGCAUUUAUAGAUGCUGCUGAAUCAAUUGGUUUUGCUCACCAAGGAAGUCUUGGUCCAACCAAGGGAGAAGCUUACAGAGACAAUGAUCGAAUAUCUGUCUGUGAUCCUGUCCUUGCUGAAGCAAUAUGGCAGGCUGGACUUAAAAAACUCUUCUCCGACUUUAAGAUUCGAGGCAAAGUUGCAGUUGGAUUGAAUCCCAACAUAAGAUUCUACAGGUACACGGCGGGGCAGUAUUUUGGACCACAUAUUGACGAAAGCGUCGAUCUUGGAGAUGGAAAGCGAACGCUCUACACUUUAUUGAUCUACCUAAGCGGCAUUCCUGGUAAAUCGAAAACAAGGUCUAAAAAGGAUAAUGACACGCGAGAGACUUUGGAGGCGCUAGUUGGGGGAGAGACUGUGUUUUAUGGCCCUAGGAAUGCUCUUGUAGCUGAGGUACCCCCUGCUGAAGGGAUGGCCCUUGUUCACAUCCAUGGCAGUAAGUGCAUGCUGCACGAAGCUCGGACUGUCGAUAAGGGCAUCAAGUAUGUCUUGCGAUCCGAUGUCGUGUUUGCUUAGGAAUCGAUAUAUUUAUCCGGCGAAAUCGGGUUUCUUGUGGGGACUCUGGUGAAAGAAAACUGGCAAAAUUCUGUAAGUUGUAAUACAUUGAUGAAAUAUUGGCUUAUUUUCGAACUUAGUUUUGUUCUUUUAAGUUUUUUAUUUGAUUAUUUGGGAGGAAAAAAAAAAAAAGUUUAGAAUAGUAACAUCAGACCUAAAAUUUUUCAAGUAAACACACCCAAUUCAUUCUUUAUCUAUACCUAUUACUAUUUUUAUUUUUUUAUUAUUUACAUAAAUAUUACUAAUGGAUUUCAUAUAUUUUUUUUAUACUCAUUCUAUUUUAAUCUAAAAAUUGUAUGACUAACUUUAAAAUUCCAAUUCUAUAUAACUUUAACAAACUUAUAGGUUACAUCAUCACAAUCAAUUAAAAUGGAAAACAUAGCCAUGGGUUACUGUGUUGAUUAAAAGUAAGUAACACGGUAUUGAUUUAAGUUUAGGUAGUUGGAUUAGUGUUUAAUUUAGAAAUUAUUAUUAUUUAAUUUGUAGUUUAUAUGGUAAAUAAAAACUACUUUUAUAGUUAAUUAGUUAAUAUUUAUUUAGUACUAUACAUAUAAAUGCAAUUAGCUACUUCGAAUAUUUGGAUAAAUACAAAUAUUUGGAUGAAUAUGACUUUUAUGUUGAAUAUAAAUAUUCAGGGUUUAGGGAUACAUUUAAAAAAUAAAAAAAUAAAAAUUUAUAUAUAUAUUCCUCAAUAAGAACCAAAAAUACAAGUUAUACAUAGUAAUACAAUAGAACAAUGAAAAAUCAAAGUUACUCAUUCAAAAAAAUAAAUGAAAUAAUAAUUUUGUAAAAUAUAUAAAUUGUAUCAGUUGUUUUUUUCAGUUAUGUACAAUAUCUAACAAAAAUAAGGCUUUGUUUACUCUUAAGAUUUUAUAACUGAUUUUACAAUUAUAACUUUAUUUUCUGUUCAAAAUCAUCUAAUCAAACAUUCAAUUUUUAUUUAUUUUAUUACAUUAAAAUUUAAUUUUACAUUCAAAAUAUAACAUUAAUAUAUAUUUAUAUCACAUCAAAUAACUAUUUCAAUUCAAAAUUUUAUUAUUCAAAAUCAAAACUAAAAAAUCAAAAUCUCUCAGAUAAACACACCCUAAAAAGAUUGAUUUCAACCGGAUCAAAAUGACAAAAAAUAAAUAGAUUAAUUACCAAAAGCAUGAGUAUGUAUCUAUACAAACACACAGGUAUAUACAUGCAUACAUAUAUAUAUAUAUGUAUGUAUCUGUGAGUACGUUGUGUCUGUGAACUUAAUUAGGUUGGAGUACAAUUCCGACAGCAGGCGGUGGCGGCGGCGGCGGCUACAGUGGCGGCGGCAGAAUCUUAAUGACGAGGCCGGGGAAGACAUCGUCGGGGUCGUGAAUAUGGGGAUUCCUCUCGACGAUGUACGGAUCGCCGCAUUUCUCACUUAUUGUGUUUAGUGUCUCGCCUUCUCCGACCACAUAUAUUUCCUCGCACCGCCGUUGCUGCGCCGCCGUGACUGUAAUUGUUCCGGCCGCCACCUCGGUUCUGGCGCCGCCGAUCAGCAGCAGCACGGCUACGAAACCUAAGGCGCAGCAGACGGAGACAACGUCGGAGAAAAUUAGGGACGGCCUGACGGCGCCGGCGGAUUUGUAAGAAGGAGCCAUUAUGAAUAAUUAUUUAUUUAUUUAAUUAAUUGUAUUUGUUGGAGAAGUGAAAUGAAGUGCCGUGGAGUGAUUGGUUAUAUAGGAGGAUGGUCCAUUGGACCUGCCCUACACGAUCACCACACCACUUUCCUUGUGUUGUGGAUGGUUAUCGCUGACUUAUUUUGUUUUAUUAUAUAUUUAUAUAUGUACAUUCAUAUUCUUAUUUUGUAUUGUAUAAUUCCAAAAUUAUAUCUAAAUUUAUUAACAUUUUUCUCUCUUUUUUU